GCGUAUCGUAUAGAAUGCCUCAUUCUUCGAACAGGAGCAGUUCCUCUCUCGGCGUCUCUAGAACUUCCCUCUCAAUAUAUUUAUAAAGUUUCAAGGCCGAGCUUUUCAUAUGAAAUAAGCUCUCUCGCUCUAUAAUCUUCAAGCAAAGCUACUCUGAAUGGCUGAACCAGCAUACACUGUGGCAUCCGACAGCGAAACAACUGGGGAUGACAAACAAGCCCCUUUUCUUUCAGAGCCCGCAAUUGGGAUCGAUAUUGGGACCUCGCAAUGCAGUGUUGCAAUAUGGAAUGGAUCGCGUGUGGAACUGCUUAAAAACACCAGGAACCAGAAGUUAAUGCGCUCGUAUGUCAUCUUCAAAGAUGAAGUCCCUUCAGGAGGAGUAAGCGAGGUACUGGGCCAUGAUGAGUACGAAAUACUGUCAGGGAGUGCUGUCUUUAACAUGAAACGCUUGGUGGGCAGAUUGGAUACAGACCCAGUCCUUCAUGCAAGCAAAACCCUUCCUUUUCUGGUACAGACGUUGGGUAUUGGGGUUCGACCCUUCAUCGCAGCCUUGGUAAACAAUGUCUGGAGAUCCACUACGCCGGAGGAAGUGCUGGCAAUAUUUCUAGUGGAACUAAGAGCCAUGGCUGAGGUUCAGCUGAAACGAUCUGUACGUGAUGUCGUUCUGACUAUCCCAGUUUCCUUCAGUCGCUUUCAGCUGACCCGAAUCGAGCGGGCGUGCGCCAUGGCUGGUUUGCAAGUCCUAAGGCUAAUGCCGGAACCAACUGCUGUAGCACUUCUAUACGCACAGCAGCAGCAGCAGAUGGUCCAUGACAAUAUGGGGAGCGGACUUGAGAAGGUUGCGCUUGUUUUCAAUAUGGGUGCAGGGUACUGUGACGUUGCUAUAACAGCUACAGCGGGAGGGGUUUCCCAAAUCAAGGCAUUGUUAGGCAGUGCCGUGGGGGGUGAAGAUAUUCUUCUAAAUGUCAUGCAUCAUCUCAUGCCGGAUUUGGAUCAUUCUUUUUCAAGCCUCAGUUUAGGUGAAAUCAAAUCAAUGGGUCUGCUGCGGGUUGCAACCCAGGAUGCGAUUCAUAAACUCUCUUCCCAAACCAGCGUUCCCAUAAACGUCGAUCUUGGGAAUGGGACUAAAAUAUCUACGGCAUUGACCCGUGAGGAAUUCGAAGAGGUUAAUAGCCAAGUGUUUGAAAAAUGUGGAAGUCUCAUAAUGCAGUGUGUGCAUGAUGCAAAAGUAGCUGUUGAAGACAUAAGCGACAUCAUACUUGUGGGUGGAUGUUCAAACAUUCCCAAGAUCAGAAGCUUGGUUCUUGGGUUGUGUAAAAGGGAGGAGUACUACGACAGGAUGAAUGCGUUAGAAGCGGCUGUAUGCGGUGCUGCGCUGGAAGGAGCAGUGGCUUCUGGAAUUACCGAUCCUUCUGGGAAUUUGGACCUUUUAACUAUUCAGGCUACACCUAUGAGCCUUGGGAUUCAAGCUGAUGGCGAUAGGUUUGUGCCAAUCAUACAUAGGAACACGACCAUACCCGCAAGGAAAGACUUGUUUUUCACGACCGCUCACGAUAACCAGACUGAGGCUCUGAUUGUUGUCUACGAAGGUGAAGGGAAGAAGGUGGCAGAGAACCAUGUACUGGGUUACUUCAAGAUUGUGGGGAUUCCACCGGCGCCGAAAGGGACUCCAGAGAUUAGUGUGUGCAUGGACAUUGAUGCUGCAAAUGUGUUGAGAGUAUUGGCUGGUGUAAUACCUGGUGCCCAAGGUCCUGCAGCACCUUUUGUUGAAGUGAGAAUGCCAACUGUCGAUGAUGGUCAUGGAUGGUGCACAGAAGCUCUGCGUAAGAUGUAUGGGUCUUCGCUAGACUUAUCCACCGUGCCAAAGAAGAUACCCCAGUAGGGUAAACGGCCGGUAACCUCUGGACCCAUCUCUCUCUCUCUCACAGACACACACACACUCUCUCUCUCUCUCUCUCUCUCUCUAGUUCUUGUUUCCUUUACUUUCCGAAUGGGUGGAGUGCUUGCACUGAGAUGACUUGCUUCAAAACAAUCUAUGAUGGGUGUAUACCAUACACUUGUAAUGAUCAUGUUGUUUAAAAUAAUGUUUCCCUUGUUAGCUUCA